AUCAUGAAGAAGAAAUCUCACACAAACAGAAUAGAUAUUUAUUUGAAGAACUAAGUCAAGAUAAUGAUUCAGAAGACUCUUAUUAUCAGAUAACUACUAUUGAUAUGACUACUUUGAUAGAUCUUGAUCUUCAAGAUGGAUGUAAUAUCAUGUCAAUUAAUAAUAUCAUUAGUUAUGAUAAAGCAAAUCAAAUAAGGAUUAGUGAAGAAAGUUUAUUAGAUAAUAAUAGUUCUAAUUCUUUACUAAUUGAGGAGAUUGUUGAUUUAUGUACAGAAUAUUUUAGAGAAGGACAUUCUGAAACUUUUGUAGCAACACAAAUUCAAAAUGUUCAAAAUAUUUCUUCUAGUAAUUUAGAUUAUGAUCUAUCUGAUAUAUUAAGUAGUUUUUUAGAAUAG